AUGGCUGUCAUCUACCACCCUCCGAGUGCUUCCACAAGUGACAACGAGUCUCUCUACUCCCACGUUCAAUCUACGGUAGAUUCUUAUCUGCGCCUUCAUCCUGACUGUCUGGUCUGCCUCUUAGGCGAUUUUAAUCCCGCCUCGACAAAUAUAUCGCCGUCGGAAUUUCGUCGACGAUGCGGGCUUUCUCAGAUUGUCAAGGUUCUUACGCGGGACUCAGGAACUCUCGAUUGGUGCCUCACUAACAACCCGAAAUUGUGGUCCGCACCCAUGCAGCUUCCGAAGAUUGGUUCCUCUGACCAUUAUUCUGUUCUAAUAAGAUCUAACACCAACACAAGCGUCACUCACGCGAAACGCACCAUCUUGACUCGCGAUACCAGGGACAGUGCUUUAAGAGUUUUCGGUCGCUGGAUCACUUCAUUUUCAUGGCACCAACUGUAUUCCUUAAAGUCCUGCAAUGAGAAGUGCGAGUUUUUCAACACCACCCUCAAUACCGCUAUUGAUUAUUUCCUACCUAUGAAAUCUAAUAGACUUCACAGCACCGACAAACCUUGGAUCACAACUCGCAUUAAGGGCUUGGUUGCUAAGAGACAAGCGGCAUUAUCUACUCACGGAAAAGACUCCACCCAAUUYCGUUAUUGGCGGAACCAAGUUCAACACUCGAUCAAARCCGCAAAAAGAUCCUAUUAUUCCUCUAAAGUGAAAUGCCUUAAGGAAUCUGAUACGGGCAAGUGGUGGAAGAAUGUUAAACACCUUUCYGKAAUGUCUACUAAUGAUGAUGAAUGGUUCCAUCAAUUAAUAGAUGGGUGCACUGUUGCCUCUGUACAAGACCUCUGCKACAGGAUUAACCAUUUCUUCYCAGAGUUGACUUCUGGUUUCGUUCCUCUUUCCCCUKAGAAUGUCAACGAAAUCCCUGUGGAGGACAUCCCUGAGAGCCUCUUCGUGAAUCCUAGAGAAGMUUUUAUUGCUCUGCGUUCCAUCAAAAUCAAAAAGGCACCUGGACCUGACUCUCUACCCAACUCCAUCUUAAAGUUGUUUGCCUUUGAAUUGGCCGCUCCUAUCGCAGACAUCUACAAUGCCUCUGUGCGUGAUGGCUUCAUCCCUCCUCUUUUAAAACGUGCAAUUAUCUCUCCUAUUCCAAAACAGCGACCUCCUAAAUCGGUUGAAGAUGAUAUAAGGCCUAUUGCCCUGACCUGUCAGAUUGCCAAAGUUAUGGAACAGUUUACGUUACAGAGGAUUUUGCCAUCUAUUCUCUCUAAACUCGACCCUAACCAAUUCGCUUGUGCUGGGAAAUCAACCACGGACGCUCUUGUCUAUAUCUUCCACUUGCUGCUCGAUGCCUUGGACCGAGGAAACUGCUCUGGCUAUUCAUUCUUUGCAGACUUCAGAAAGGGAUUCGAUCUUAUCGAUCAUACAAUUCUAUUGGACAAACUUCGUGGGUAUGACCUUCAUCCAAGCAUGCUACGCUGGAUUGCUGCGUUCCUUGAAGGCCGUUCUCAAUACGUGAGAAUUUCAUCCUCUUUGUCGUCAACUCUUUACUGCAACGGUGGUAUUCCACAGAGCACUAAACUAAGCCCUGUCUUGUUUGCUGUGAUGGUAAAUGACCUUGUUAGAUCAUGGUUCCCCCGAGCAAAAUAUGUUGAUGAUUUGACUGUACUUGAGAUAGUGCCCAGGAACUCUCCCCCUGUAAUGCCUUACUUAGUUAAAGAUAUCAACGAUUUUGCUUAUAAUAACAAUAUGGUAUUAAACCCGAAGAAAUGCAAGUGCAUGUCGAUUGACUUCCUUGAAUACAACAGCUGUGUGUGGAGCCCCCUUGUUGUCGGAAACACGGGCAUCACUGCUGGUUCCACUCAACUUCAACUGAAGUCCAUUGUAUUUUUGAAGUGA